CCGGCGGACAACCGGCCAUGGAGCACGCGGCGGACAAGGAGCUCACCUUGCCGCCGCUUCAGGAUUGGGGUGAAGAGGAGGAGGACGGGGCGGUGUACAGCGUCAGCCUGCGGCGCCAGCGCAGCCAGCGGGGGAGCCCCGGGGCAGAGCCGGGGGGCAGCCAGGCCGUCCCGGGCUUCCUGCAUUACCGCACCAGCAAGGUGCGGGCGCUGAGGGCCGCACACCUGGAGCGUCUGGUGUGGGAGCUGGUGUUGGGGGACCGGGAGCAGGACCCCAGCUUCGUGCCCGCCUUCCUGGCCACCCACCAGGCCUUCGCGCCCACCGCACGUGUCCUCAACCUGCUCCUGCCCCCGCCGCCGCCGCCUCUGCCAAUGGGGUCAGUACUGGGGUCAGUGGUCAAGAAGUCUGAGGACCGGGACCUGGCACUGAACAGGAACUUGAGGUCUGUGGUGUUGGUGCUGGGUUCUUGGCUCCGGGAUCACCCCCAGGAUUUUCGGGGACACCCUGCCCAUGAAGAUCUACAGAAGGUGCAAAAGUUCUUGGGCUGGGCCUCCCCAGCGGGGCCAGAGGCUCAGGAGGCUGAGAAACUCCUCCGAGAAUUCUUGGCGGAGGCAGAGCAAGGCGGAAGAGAAGAGGAUCAGACGCAGGUGUGGACAGGACCCCAGAGUGGUGCACAGGCCCGCAAUCCUAACACCCCAGAAGGCUUCCUGGAGGAGGAGGUUCGGGAGGAGGAUAGUCUGGUGCGGUCUGGGCCUGAGUUGCUGGACUUCAGCGUGGAUGAGGUGGCCGAGCAGCUGACCCUGCUGGACGCGGAGCUGUUCUCUCGUGUUCGUGCCUGUGAGUGUCUGGGUUCCGUGUGGUCACAACGGGACCGGCCGGGGGUGGCGGGCAGCUCCCCCACCGUGCGGGCCACCGUGACCCAGUUCAACGCGGUAACAGGCUGGGUGCUGGGCUCGGUGCUGGGGGAGCCGGGCCUGGCCACCCCGCUGAGGGCUCUGAGGCUGGAGAAGUGGAUCCGUAUUGCACAGCGCUGCCGGGAGCUGAAGAAUUUCUCCUCCCUUCACGCCAUCCUGUCCGCCCUCCAGUCCAACCCCAUUUACCGUCUCAAGCGCAGCUGGGGGGCCGUGAGCAGGGAACCCUUAUCUGCCUUCAAGAAACUCUCCCAGAUCUUUUCAGAUGAGAACAACUACUUUAGCUGCCGAGAGAUUCUUUCCCAGGAGGAAGCCGCUGAGGGGCCCCCAGACCAGGGCAGCGCCCCCGGAGACCCGCCUUCCCCUCUUCCGCCCGGCCCUGUCCCCUACCUGGGCACCUUCCUCACAGACCUGGUCAUGCUGGACACCGCCCUGCCGGACACGCUGGAGCCUGAACUCAUCAACUUUGAGAAGAGGAGGAAGGAGUGGGAGAUCCUAGCUCGAAUCCAGCAGCUACAGAAAAGAUGUCGCCAAUACCAGCUGAGGCCCCACCCCGGGGUGCUGGCUGCUCUGCGUGCCCAGCGCCAGCUCAGCGAGGAACAGAGUUACCGGGUGUCCCGGGUCAUCGAGCCCCCCGCCGCCUCCUGCCCCAGCUCCCCGCGGAUCCGCCGACGUAUCAGCCUCACCAAGCGGCUAAGCGCGAAGCUGUCCAGAGAGCGAGGCUCCUCCCCUGGGGGGAGUCCUGGAGACCCCGCCUCCCCCACCUCCAGUUUGUCACCAGGGUCCCCACCUGCCAGUCCAAGAAGCAGAGACCCUACUCCUGGAAGCCCCCCACCCUCUCCAGGACCCCUGCACCCCAAUAUGAAGCUGCCCCUGAACCCCGAGUUUCCAGGCUCCUGCCCCCCGGGAGGCCCCCGAACCCCCUUCCAGGGCUCCGAGGCCCGUGUCAUCCGGGUCAGCUUGGAGAAUGACCACGGGAACGUUUAUCGAAGCAUCCUGCUCACCAGCCAGGACAAGGCCUCCAGUGUGGUGCAGAGAGCCUUGCAGAAGCACGGUGUGGAACAGCCAGGGGCCGGGGCCUUCCAGCUCCUGCAAGCGCUUUCAGGGGAUAAAGAGCUCCUGAUUCCAGAGAACGCCAAUGUUUUCUAUGCCAUGAGUUCCAGGGUGCCAGGGGACUUUGUACUGCGCAGGAAGGCGGCGGCCACCACACAGGGCCCCACGGUGUCCCCACCAUGAUGACUCCAGCCUCCCGGGGUUCCUGCUGGGACCUGUCUCUCUCUACCCCCCUUUUCCUCCAUGGGGGCUGGGGGAGGGAUGCUGCUCCCACCUCCCCACCAAAAAAAAAAAAAGCUCUGAUCCCCUCCCCAGGAGAGGCUGCGUGUGCCUUCAUAUCUUGUGUCCUCUCUCUCUCUCUCUUAUUACUUAAAUAAACGCCAAGGCUGAAAGAAAAAAAUAAAAAAAUGAAAAAAGAGAAAAGAAUACUGUCAUUUUUUUUUUUUUGGAAACCCACCACACCAGAAAGAAGGGUUAUUAAAUAGUUCAUGGCGGGGAGGAAACGGGCUAUAGUGCAACCGGUUAAGCGCGGGUGGCGCAAAGCACAAGGACAGGCAUAUGGAUCCUGGUUCAAGGCCCGACUCCCCACCUGCAGGGGGAAAGUUUCACAAGCGGUGAAGCAGGGCUGCAGGUGUCUCUCUGU